AUGUUGGAGAUAUCUCCAGCGUUGAGAGCAAACAUUACAGCUCAAGUUGAAAAGUUGGGAUUUGCUCUUCCUUAUAACAACAGAACCUAUACAGUGGCUGGCUUUCUCUUGGGGCCAACUCUUUUGGGGGAAAUUUUGAAUAGAUUACACAUGUUUACCUCUUUUGCUCCAUUUGAAAGCGUGCUGAGCUUAGAAACUAUAGGAAACCUGGGCCUAGUUUACUACAUGUUUCUGGUGGGAUUAGAACUUGAACUAAAGCCAGUAAUCCGUGCCGGGAAGAAGGCUCUUAGCAUUGCCCUCGUAGGCAUGGUGGUGGCCAUCGCCAGUGGUUGGGGCUUGUUUUUUGUCCUAGACGACAACAUCAAGCCUAAUCUUAAGUUUCUGAAAGCCCCAAAUCAGCGAGACAACACACACUCAGGCCACUUGUUCUGGGCACUCGCCCUCGGCACCACAAGCUUCCCAGACGUGGCUCGACUCCUCGCAGAUCUUAAGCUCCUCCACUCCGAGCUUGGACGACUUGCAUUGUCAUCUGCUGUCAUCUCCGACCUGUGCUCGUGGUUCCUUUUCAUCUUGCUACUAGCACUAACCAAUCUGACGGGCCACUUUUUGGUGGCGGGACUGACUACCCUGGCCUUCGUAUGGUUUUGUGUUUUUGUACUCCGCCCAGCUCUUCCAAAGCUGAUCCGCUUCGUAGCGAAAAACAAAGAGGACAAGAGAGACAACUACAAUGAGCUCCAUGUGAGCUUUGUUCUCAUGGGGGUUCUGGUAUGCGCCAUGAUAACUGAUUCGUUAGGUACACUAUCCUACGUUGGGGCUUUCGUGUUUGGAGCCAUUAUGCCGAGGGGAGAGCUCAGCAAAUUGGUCGUAGAGAAGAUCCAACCCUUUGUGACUGGGAUUAUGAUGCCCCUUUUCUUCUUAAUCGUCGGGCUACGAUCCAACAUGUGGUUUGUAUUCAGUUCACAUGAUUCUUAUACGCCCUUUCAAUUCAAAUAUGCAAAGCGUUUCAUGCUGGUUCUCUCCCUGGCUUUCUUACCUAAGAUUGCCGGCAGUUUUGUUGCCGCUUUAAUCCACAAAAUGAAACCUUGGAAUGCACUGGCUCUGGGAGUAGUCAUGAACACCAGAGGCCUAAUGGCACUCUUUAUUCUCAGCACCGGCAGGGACCUGAAGACCUUGGACCAGAAAACAUUCCCAGCAAUGAUCUUAGUGGUUUGGGCACUGAUGAUUCCGAUCGGACCAUUCCUAGCCUACAGUUACAAGACCACCAAGCAUUUCGGGCAAUACAAAUAUAGGAACAUACGAAGCAUAGGAUCCGACACAGAGCUUCGCAUCCUUGCAUGCACCCACGACUCACGCAACUCACCCGCCGUCAUCAAUCUUCUUGAAGCUUCCAAUCCAACCAGACAGUCCCCGAUCCAAGUCUUCGCUGUCCAGCUUGUUGAAAUGAUUGGCCACACUUCCGCCAUGCUCAUUGUCCAUGAUGCUUGCAAAACCAACGAUGAAGGGAGCAAGCACAAGGCCGGACAAAUAUCCUCAUCCUUGCCCUCCAAUCCCUUUGAACUCUACGCAAAGGAAAGAGAGAAUGUCCGUGUCCAGGCACUCACCAUCGUCUCGGCCUACGCCACAAUGCAUGAGGACAUAUGCAACUUUGCGGAGGACAAGUGCAUUACCCUUGUGAUUGUCCCGUUCCAUCAACAAUCCACCCUAGACGGAACCAUGGAGGAGUCCAACCCUGCUCUCAGGGCAGUCAAUAGAAAUGUCAUUGAUAACGCACCAUGCUCAGUGGGUGUUCUUGUGGACCGUGGGCUCGGUAUAUCCCAGAUCUUCAAGUCCAACAUCAGCAGCCAUAUUAGCUCCGAUGACGUGAGCUACCACCGCUUUGCUGUAUUUUUCAUUGGAGGGGCAGAUGACCGUGAGGCAUUAGCGUAUGCAAAAAGGAUGGCUAGGCAUUCCAGGGUUGACCUAACAGUUGUUCGGUUCAUCUUAAAUACAGAGGCAUGCUUAGAUGAUGCUGACUACGACAACGAAAUUAUAGAGGCAAUGGCAAACACUGGGAGGCAAAAACAGCUUGAUGACUUGUACCUGGAUGGUUUUAGGGUCCAUACAAUGCACAAUUCCUCCAUAAAGUUGGUAGAGGAGGUGGUGAAUAGCUGGGAAGAAACUCUGGACGCCAUAAACGACAUGGAGGGUGAUUAUGAUUUGUACAUAAUGGGAAGACGACAUGGAAGCAGCAGCCCGUUGGCAGUGACAUCAGCAUUGGACAGCAGCGACUGUGAUGAGCUAGGUACUCUGGCAGAGGCGUUGGUGUCUUCUAGCUUUUUUAAGGUUAACACAUCUAUUCUCAUAGUGCAGCAAGGUGCUGCUGUAGAGGAAAUACAAGAUGAGUCGGAUAACCAGGAAAUGUGA